AUGGCUGCUCUCUUUGGUCACGGAAAUCCACUGGCGACACAAGUUGGCCAUUUGAUAGAACAAGCUACAGAUGGCAGCCUGGCAACAGAGAACUGGGCUUUGUAUAUGGAAGUUUGUGAUGUGAUAAAUGAAACAGAUGAAGGUCCCAAGGAUGCUGUCCGUGCCUUCCGCAAGAAGAUUUCCCAAAAUGUUGGAAAGAAUUAUACCGCAGUCAUGUACUGCUUAACAUGCAUUGAGGCAUGUGUAAAGAACUGUGGCCGACGCUUUCAUGUGCAAGUGGCAAACAAAGACUUUCUUCAUGAUCUGAUCAAAAUUAUUGGCCCCAAGAACGACCCUCCACAGAUUGUCCAGGAGAAAGUGCUGAGUAUGAUUCAGACGUGGGCUGAUGCUUUUCGAGGGAACCCUGAACUUAAAGAAGUAGAGAAGGUUUACCUGGAGCUGAAGCAGAAAGGUAUUGAGUUUCCCAUGACGAAUCUGGACAAUCUAGCACCAAUUCACACACCAGCAAGGAGUGUUCCGGACAAAGAACAUUCAUCAGUUCAUGAUCGAGAUGGAAGCUUAAGAAAGAAUGCUCCAGAAAGAGAAGCAUUGCCUGGUUUUGAAAGAGGUGGAAGCAGUCGAGGGAAAAGGUAUGCAGAGCUCGUAAAUGAGUCAGAUGAUGAGCCUCCGCUACCACCUGGGGGCUACCCUGCUGCGGGACCGCCUCCUGUCAGAAGUGGCCCUGUUAGUGCUGGUGCUCUGACUACAGAUCAAGUGGCCAAGUUGAGGCGGGAGCUGGAGGUGGUGCAAGGCAACAUCCAUGUGAUGAGUGAUAUGCUGACCGAGCUGAGCCCUGCCACUGUUGAUCCCUCGGAUUUAGAACUGUUGCAGGAACUUAACAGAACAUGUCGGCAGAUGCAGUCUCGUAUUGUAGAACUCCUGAAUGAAAUUGCUGCAGAAGAGGUUACAAAUGAUUUACUUCGAGUCAACGAUGAUCUGAAUAAUGUGUUCCUGCGCUAUGAACGUUUUGAACGCUAUCGAACUGGCCAGGCAGGCCAAGUGAGAACACCAGUCCCUGAGGCCACACCAUUAGAUACUCUUCCGCCUUCUUAUGACCAGUUACCAGCCGCAGCAAAUCCAAAGGUUGGAAAUUUGAUAGACCUCAGUGAUGACCCAAUCCCCCCUGCUCAGAAUAUGACCACACAGAUGGCUGCAUUAUCACUAGGAAGAAACUCAACAGUGAACACGUCACCAACUCCACAGCAACCAGAAGGAUUUUCGGAUGACUUUGAUAUGUUUGCUCAGUCAAGGCAGUCCUUUGAUCAACACAGACAGGCUUUAGGUGGGAUCAAUUAUUCCUCGCAACAAAGUGAUACAUACGCUGGCGGUCUUGGCCAGGCCAUGAACCAGAAAACUAAUUUACAGGAAAAAGAGACAGACUAUGAUGAGAUGGAGCAGUGGCUAGCAACACAUGGAGAUGGGGAUGUGAAACCACAGGAACCUAUUACAAGUUCAGAGUUUGAUCGAUUCCUGUCAGAGAGGGCAACUGCUUCAGAGAGAUUGCCACCUGCCUCAGCACAGACUGGUCAUCAGCCGGCCAGGACCGCACGGACGCUACAGAAACAGGAUGAUGAUGAAAAUCCACUUUUUGCAUUGUGA